CCAGAAGUGACGUGUGAGGCCCGGGAGCUGCGGACGAGGAGGCGGACGGAGUCGGAGUCGCAGACGCCGCGGGGUCUCCGGGACAGGACCCCCAAGUGGUGCAUCCCUUUUCUGUGAGAAGAUCACAGCUGAUGAGAUGGCUACCACACUAGAUUUGAAGUCAAAGGAGGAGAAAGACGCUGAGUUGGACAAGAGGAUCGAGGCUCUGCGUCGGAAGAAUGAGGCUCUCAUCCGGCGCUACCAGGAGAUCGAGGAAGACCGGAAAAAGGCUGAAUCGGAGGGUGUGGCAGUGACAGCUCCCCGGAAAAGCCGUUCCAUGGAGAAGGAGAAUGUGGCAGUGGAGGAGAAGAGCCUGGGUCCCUCUCGGAGGACUCCUGGGACUCCCAGACCCUCAGGAGCCAACAGAGGGGGCCGGACCCACCCCCAACAGGGAGGCCGGGCAGGAGUAAGCCGGGCAUCCCGAGGCUGGGAGAAUGGUGCUGGGGAGCAGCUUCGAGGAGGAACUGGAGGCAGGGGCCGGAGAGGCCGGGGCCGGGGAUCCCCUCAUCUCCUAGCGGUAGGAGACAGCUCAACCUCUGAUCGCAAGUCCAAGGAGUGGGAGGAGCGGCGCAGGCAGAACAUUGAGAAGAUGAACGAGGAGAUGGAGAAGAUUGCUGAGUACGAGCGCAACCAGCGGGAAGGAGUACUGGAGCCCAACCCAGUACGCAACUUCCUGGAUGAUCCCCGGCGUCGGGGUGGACCCCUGGAGGAGCCUGAGAGGGAUCGCCGGGAGGGCAGCCGUCGCCACGGCCGCAACUGGGGAGGUUCCGACUUCGACAGGGUACGCUCUGGCUUGGAGCAUGAGAGACAGGGCCGCAGGGCUGGCCUGGGCUGUGGGGGCGACAUGACAAUGUCCAUGACGGGCCGAGAGCGGUCAGAGUACCUGCGCUGGAAGCAGGAGAGGGAGAAGAUCGACCAAGAGCGCCUGCAGCGACACCGCAAGCCGACUGGGCAGUGGCGGCGGGAAUGGGAUGCGGAGAAGACCGAUGGCAUGUUCAAGGAUGAGCCAGCUCCUACCCACGAACUGUCCCACCGCUAUGAUGACCAAACUUGGGCAAGGCCCCCUAAGCCCCCCACUUUUGGAGAGUUCCUUUCUCAGCACAAAGCAGAAGUCAAGAGCCGCAGGAGGAGAAAGAACAGCCGACCCCAGGCCAAGGUGGCCCCUCGUGCCUACAGUGACCAUGAUAAUCGCUGGGAGACAAAAGAGGAAGCUGUGUCCUCAGCCCCUGAGUCCUCUCAAUCCUUGUCCCUGGAGGAGACACCCACACAGCCUCCGGAGACCCCAGCCCCAGCCCACCGGCCUCCUGAGGAGGAUGGUGAGGAAGAUGAGGGGGAAGAGGAGGGAGAAGAGGAGAGGGAAGACGAUGAUGAGGAUGAAGAAUGGGAGGACGUGAGUGAAGAUAUCACGGAGGAGGAGGAUGAGGAGGAAGAAGAAGAGUUUGAGGAGGAGGAGGAGUGUCCUAAGGAGCAGGAGGCCCCAGCUGUUCCAGAUCACCAGCCUGGAGAGGCUGAGCCAGCUCGGAAGCCCACCUGUGAGCAGGCGGACCCUGCAUCUGCCAGGCCCCAGGAGUCAUUGUCCCCAGUCCCUGUUGAACCUCCCAGCCCCUUCUCGCCCACUGGGGACCACCAGCCCGUGUCUGACUGGGGAGGUGACCAGCCAGCCAUUGGCUCCUUGGAGAGUGGGCCAACCUUGACAAGAGCCCCGAAGUCUGAAGAAGAGGGGCCUGAGGCAUCUCCAGGUGGGGUGCAUGAAGCUGGUGGAGAGGUAGGCCCCGAGGGCCAGGAGACAGCGGAGAUCACAGACUUCCAGAGGGUGCGUUUCUGCAAGGUGGUGGCGGCCGCUCCGCCGCCGGGGGCUGCCCGCUGACGGCGCCAGCAAACGGGUCUUGGCGCUCUGCACUAACCUCCAGCCACCUCGCUCCUUUGCUUCUGCUACACUCCGGCCAGGACAGGGUUAAACGUAGGGGGUGGGAGGAGCCAGGUCAACGACGACGGUCGGGACCCGGGGAGUCUUCUAAAUUCUCUGAGGACCAGUCUAGGCAACCCGAAAGCCUAUGAUACCUGGCUGGUGGAGGCCACCGAGUCAGCCCUGGUGAGGCUGGCUGUGCAGGACUCUGCCGCUGGGGCCUGGGGCUCUCUGGAUGACUUGAAUUAAAGGCGUGCUCUCGCCAACCUUUGAACUGUGCUGCUGGCGGGACAGGCUGGGCUGCUGUGCUUGGCGGGCUUUGCUGUGGCGGAAGAGGCGGGACGAGGGUGUUCGCCGC